AUGGCGCGGCCACGGAGGCGGCGUGUACUCGCGCGGCGGCGGUACCGAGCGGUGCUGACCUCAUCUCCGGAUUCCUGGCGGGCACGUGACCCGGACCAGCCCCUGGAGGCCAGCGGCACGAGGAACGCAGGUAGCCCCCAGUCGCAAGCGGAAGGUCGCGCAGUGCGGUCAGGCGAGGCGAGGCGAGGCGCUCCGGGACUUGCAAGUGUUGUGCGCGUGCGAGGCGAGUGCUGUGGCGUGCAUGUGCGGUGGUUGGUCGACCGCUCGGCCCGGGACAUGGCGAAGACGACGACGCCGCGCGCUGGUUGGCUGGCGCUGUGGUGCUGCGGCCUGCUGCUGACGCCCGUCGCGGCUGGGCUGCAGGACGAAGCUGCUCAAGCGAGCAAGCCGGACAACUCCAGCUCGACGACGCCGCCGCCGACGACGACGGAGAGGGUCGCCGCGAACUCCACCGCGAACUCCACGACGACGCCGCCUACGACGCCGCCGUCAGCAGGGACGUCCCCGGCGACGGCGGGCGAGGGCCGCGCCAUGGGGCUGGACGCCGGCGCCGCGACGCCCCCCUCCUCCUCCUCGGAGCGCGGGUCCCUGCAGGACCUGUCCCUGGACGACAUCGACAUCUCGGCCAUGACGACCUCGACCUCGACCCCGCCGGCGAGGAACGACUCGUGCGAGGACGGCGGCCGGACCUACAAGGUGGGCGAGCACUUCCACCGCGGCUGCGAGGCGGCCUGCUCGUGCGAGGCCGGGGGACAGCUGCGGUGCGCGCCGCGCUGCGACGGGCCCUUCUUCCGGCGCGGCCUGGACCAGCGCGACCCCGCCUGCGUGGAGAAGCCCGUCGACGACCCCUGCUGCGCCAUCCUCGUGUGCUCGCACGACACGGAGGUGGAGCCGCUGGAAGGGUGCGUGCACAAGAACCAGUCCUACCAGCGCGGGGAGGUCAUCAAGGACGGCUGCGAGGCGGUGUGCAAGUGCGGCGAGGCGGGCCGCGUCGUCUGCAAGCCGCGGUGCCCGCCGGCGGCCAGCAACUCGUCGGACCGCUGCGUGUCUGUGCCCGACCCGGCGGACUCGUGCUGCUCCGUGCUGCUGUGUGACGUCACGCUGCACGACCAGGACGCCGGCAAGGCGGGCUCGGAGCAGCAGGCCCUGCAGCCGCUGGCGGCGGAGGCGCUGAACGGGUCGGCGGUGCGCCUGAGCCUGCCCGGGGGAGGCCCCGCCAACCUGUCCGUGGAGCUGAGCGAGGACCAGCAGAGCUGGGCGCGGCGCGACCCGGGCCCGGGCCUCGUCGUGGCGGGCCUCACGGCCGGCCGCAAGUACUACGUGCGCGCCCGGGCCGGCGGCGCCGUCAGCAACACGGCCGAGGUGUGGCUGCCUGCCCCUCCAGCAGAGCCGGCGGCCGGCAACCAGAGCGCGCGCGGCUGCCAGCACAAGGGCCGCGCCUACGGGCACGGCGAGGAGUUCCACGACGGCUGCGCCGAGUACUGCGCGUGCGCCGACUCGGAGGUGCACUGCGCCGUCAUCGAGUGCCCCACGGACUUCGGGCUGGACGUGCUGGACCCCAGCUGCCUGGAGUGGGAGACCCGGCCGGCGGGCUUCACCCCCUCGCCGCCGCACUGCUGCCCCGACCACGUGGUGUGCCGCGACAACGGCUCGUGCGAGUUCGGCGGCCAGCGCUUCGACAACUGGCAGGAGCUGCCCGGCAAGCUGACGGGCUGCGAGCGGCGCUGCUACUGCGAGCUGGGCAACGUCACGUGCCAGCCCACGUGCCCACCGGUGGCGCCCAGCCCGCCGCCGGAGCUGGCGUGCCCGCCCGGCCUGGCCUCCCUGGGACACCUGCCCGGGGACGACUGCUGCCUGUACUGGCUGUGUCCGCAGACCCACCCCCCAGUGCUACCAGAUGGACGAAUGCCUCCAGGACAGCCUAACCGAGAUACGGUGACAGUGCAGAUGAUAGAAGCUGUGAACGAGAACACUGUGCGGCUGGUGUUCUCCGUUCCCCCCGUGUUGGUAGGACUGCACGGGAGGGUGGAGCUGCGAUACACCGCAGAUAAGCUGAACGACGACCCGGCCACGUGGCAGCGGCAGGUGCUGGCGCCGCCGCACGACCUCAUAGCCACGCCGCAGCUGGAGUUCGAGCUGGGGGAGCUGCAGCCCGACACCACCUACAAGAUCAAGGUGGCGGUGAUGCUGCGUGACCUGGCCAACUCCCCCAGCAGCGAGGUGCUGGUCGUCAAGACCCUGCCGCACGCGGCCCCCGGGACCACGCUGCCGCCGCUGAUAGCUGUCGAGCCGGAGCUGGUCGUGGCGGAGGUGAACGCCACGUGGGUGCGGCUGGCGUGGCGCAAGUUCACCGAGCACGAGCUCAACUUCAUCGACGGCAUCCAGCUUCGCUACAAGGAGAUCGACGGCAAGGUGUAUGCCGCCACGCCCCUGAUUCACCGCGCCGUGACCGGCUACACGCUGGAGGACCUGCGUCCCAGCACCUCCUACGAGAUCAGGAUCUUCUUCAUCCCGUUCCCCGGCCAGGCCACCGAGCUGCAGGCCGACCACCCGCUGCUGGUGAAAACCCUCGAGGAGCACGACCUGUACAAGUUCGACGUGAAGCUGGAGGUGCACCACAUCAAGUCCAUGUCCGUGGAGCUGACGUGGAGCGGCGUGCCCUACCCGGAGGACAAGUACGUCAACAUCUUCCGCGCCAUCUACCAGAGCGACUCGGGCAAGGAGGACUUCAGCAGCUUCAAGAUCGCCAAGAGGGACUCGCAGCCCAAGACCCUGAUCCAGGACUUGAAGCCCGGCACCAGGUAUCGCCUGUGGCUCGAAGUGUACUUAACGAAUGGGAAGAUAAAGAAAAGUAAUGUCCAGGAUUUUAUGACCAAACCAGGCUCAGCUCCUGAUGUUAAAUCCACACAAGGUAAGCUGGAGAGUGAGCCAAAGUCGCUCCCGGAGCACGGUGACUACUACGGAGCUCUCGUCGGAGUCGCGAUUAUCGCGGCCCUAGCCGUGGUGGCGGCCCUGAUCCUGCUCUUGAUUCUGGUGCGGAAAUACGGGCAGACGAAAGCCGCGAUAACGGGCACCCGAAAGAGCCAGUCGGCGUACGACAAUCCCUCUUACAAGGUAGAAAUCCAGCAAGAGACUAUGGACCUCUGAGAACGAACCAGUUGCCUUGAAUGGUUCGUCCGCGGCCACGAAAACCACUCCACCGCCUGCAGAUAAUGCAUAGAAAUUUUGUCCGUCCAGUUGUGUGGCAGUGGUAUGCCCACUCCCGUAAAGUUACUGUGGCACUUCCAGGACUGAGAAGAAAUUAUCACUUUCUCGGCAGAGAUCAGUUAACCAUUUUUACGUAGAAAUGUAAACCACUUGUUUGUGUCUACAAAUUUACAAAUAAUUUAUUUUUAUAUAUAUCAACUUGUGAACUGAAUUUUAGAUAUCAAGAACAGUAUUUUUUAUUGUACUUACCAUAAACCCAUGUAAAUAUAAUCUUGUUAGGAUAAAUGUUUUUUCUACAAAAUGUUGAAGGUACUACUCUUUUGUAAGUGUGAUAGUUUUGAGAACAUUAGUAAAAAAGUAAAUUAAAGUUGUAUAGAUAGUAUAUCUUGCAUUUGUGCAGUUAAAAGCCAUAGUUACUCUUACUGUUUAUUUUUAUAUAUUUUUUUGUUAAAUAUGUUGGUAAUAUUAAUAAUUAAUAUUAAUUAAAGGUCUACUUAAUUUAGCUUUAUGCUAUUCCUUAAAAUAAUGAGAAUAAUAAAUAAUCUAACUGCCAAUAUGAUAUAAUGAUGACAACAGCAAAAAUGCAAGCAGAAAAUGUCUGAGGAAAGAGACUACAAAAUAUAACAGAGAUAGAUAAUGUGCGUUAGAUAUUCCAUUAUUUUUAAAACUUCAGUUCUUCAUGGAAAAAAAAAAGUUGUUAGAUUUCCUGAAGUUAUAUUUCUCAGCAUACCUGGAAGGUGUGCAUCUGAGAUUAAUGUUUCUAUUUGAAAUCUCUAAUUUCUCUUUAAUUAGUAAGUUGGUAGUACUUUAAUCAGAAAUUAUGUUGUAGCUCUCAUCCUCUUGUUCUUCGUAAUUUUCUCUUUGUAUAAAACUGUACAUACAGACUGAUGAACUUUCAACCCAAGUAGUUAGCAAUCAGUAUGACCGCUGAGUUUACCAAAAAAAAAAUAUGCUCUGACUAAAUAACGCACCAUUCGUACUCCUGAAAUUAUACAGUCUCUACAACAUUCCCAAGUAAAAAAAAAAUACAGACUACGUGUAAAGGAUAAAUGAAACAUGCAUCACAUAUCAGUUCUACAAUAUGGCACAUUACAGAUUCCUACAUAAUAUAUCACUUUGAACAUUAUGAGAAGAUACAUUAUUUAUUGUGUUUGUAAUAUCUUUUUUUUUAUUUAUUUUUUAUUUUGAGAUGGAAUCAGCAAAGAUUGUACACCUACCCUUUCAAAGAAGGUCCGCUUGAAAUUUAUUUUUAGUUUUGCAGGAGGUAUUUGUUACUUACAUUAUAAAAAUCUUCAUAUAGUUUCUGUUCGCAGCAUGAUGCACAUUUUCUCACACAUGCAGUGGCCAACCUGGACGUAAAGAAGACUUCACCGUAAAUAAUCACACUUUCCUACUUCUUUACAGAAAAUUUACAUUGCACUGUGCACCAAGAGUUGACCACAUGCCGUAGCUCACUAGCUCAGGGCUGUCCAUUGUGUUCCUCAUGGCUUGGGUGCACGCAGUGGUGUCUUUUCCCUCCUUUUUGUUGCGUACUUCAGUGAUAAGUCUCCACUUUCAGGCUGACGGGUUAGCUGAGACGUAAGGCUGUAGCGAGAAACAAAAGUCCCGUGAGCAAAUAAUUUUGUCGUAUCCCCUCUCUAUGAAUUAUAUACAAUGUUUUAAACCCCACAUGUAAAAAAAAAAUAAUCUUAAAGACUGUAAACGUCACUGAGGCCAUAACUUUAAAUGUGAUCUUUACGCAUCGCAUUACUUAGGGUUUCCUAUAAGUCCUAUCUACAAAAGACUUGUAAUUACCAUCCUCUCAAGGAUCCAAGUAUAAAAAAAGUGCCCCCCUGGUGUCUGGGCCACAGGAAUUUUGCCCCCUCUGCCCCCCCCCCCCCUCCCAUCUCAUGCUUUCCAAAUCGGGAACCAGCCACCAUUCUCCUCUUCCUCAACCCAAAUCAUUUAUUAAUAGAAAUAUUGUUUUAUACAUUGGAGACAUGUUUUUUUUUGUUAGACUUCUAGUACAUUUUUCAAGUGUUCACGUUAUUUAGCAGCAAACCAUGGACAACAGACAUGCAAAUACAGAAUGCUUCAAAACAGUAACAUUUUUAGCGUUGGUGACGCCCGUUCAGAAAGGAGAUUCAAAUCAGAGAAUCCAGAGUUGUUAAAAUUAAUUUAACUUAUAUUUUUCUUCACUGCCUCUCUUCACAAACCUUAAAAUUGUAAUGAUGAAAUUUGCAACAUGAAACUUCCUGUUGGUACACAUGAGAAUAAGCAAAACACCACAAACAACCAUCUCUUAACCAGGACUGAAGCUAAAGCACCUCAUAAAGUAAAGUUAUUCGAGACUUAAUCGACCUCACAAUGGAGGUUAGACAUUUGACAGUAAUGUGAGAUUCCGACAGCUGAGAUGUAGGUGAAGGUUUCCUUAAUAGGACAGCACCAGAAGUGAGAAUAUAACAUAUUAGCAUGUGUUUGAAGACUCUUGCAGGAGGAACUUACAUUUAAAAGUAGUUUCUUUGUAAACGGGGAACUGAUGUUGAUGAUGAUUGUUUCUAGACCUUUCAGAAGUACAUACUGUGAAUGGAGUGUAAAUAGGUUUGUACUACAUACCUGUAAAAUAUAUGUUGUAUAAGGACGGUAAAACUUGUCUGAUGUCAGUUUUUGUGACAGUAUUUCUGAAAAAUAAAUUUUUUUUUUA